UACCUUGUUUGUAACUGUGAGUUUGGCUAUCAACUUCUCAUAGACCAAUAACGUUGUGCUAGCUUAAAAGCGAGCUCGGAUAUCGUCUUCUUGUUCCCCCAGUUCACUUUCUUUUCUAUCUGAGCCCUCUUUUCAGGAAGGCCUCCUCAUCAUGGCCGAUAGUACUGGCGCCACUGCGCCACAGACACCUGCCCGUAACUCUGCUUUGUCCUCUAACUUGAAGUCCACCCCACACGCAGUUGGUUCCGCUACUGUCAGCGAAAAUAUCAGUACUGUGGGCGUUCAAGUCAGUGAUGUCCGUCCAUGGAUAUCACAUGAUGUCCGGAACUUCAAGGAAUGCAAGGCGGAUGAAAUGCUACAGACACUCCUCGAAAGAUGCACGGAUUCUUCCCAAUCCCUUCCUAAGAAGUCGCCGACGCUACUCGAAAUUUCCCUCAAAGCUGUCCUGCCUCUCUGCAAUGGAGACGCAGCGCCGACUCGGAAGAUCAAGAAACACUUGAGUAAUUUUUGUAAACCCAACGUUGAAAAAAAAACUUACUCUCCUUUCGUCGAGGCUGCUAACUCUGCACUCGAUGAACUGGAAAAUGUGAACGUACCUGGGAUACCUGCUUUUGAGAAGAACAGUAAAACCAACAUCCUCUUUCAUGUGAAUGAUCCAAGCAUCAUAGAGCAAUGUCAUCAGGGCAAGACGUCCACACGCAAGCCUGACGUCGUCGUCGUCUCUUACGAAAGCGCUUCAAACGCGAUAGCGGCAGGAAAAUCCACCGGUGUUCGCAAGUCUGCAUGCAAACGUCCCGACAAAAGAUUCCAAUGGAUGAAUAUUCGAUCGACAUUGGAGUUCAAACGCCCGAACUCGAAGAGGAGUCUAGCCGGUCCUCCGCCCGCUUACAAGAUGGACUACGUGGCUCCUGCUGUCCUGUAUAUGAAGUAUAUGAAGAAGAAUGAGAACGACAACGACAACGACAACGACAGACGAGGACGAGAAUGAGAACGAGGACGAGAAUGAGAACGAGAAGGAUGCGCUUGCUAGGCCAUCAGACUCAACGCCUGCCACCGGCCCAGCUCGGACCUACCACGAUGCACCAUGUC